UCGCCUUCGUAGUUCACCCUCGGCCUCGCCCCAACCGACCCAGAACACCCGCGAUCACCGGCGCGCACCGUCCCCGAGUCCGAUCGAGCUUCGUCCAAAGGCAUCGCAUCCUAUAGCCGAACCCUAACCCCAGCGGUCGCCAUGGGCAGCGGAGAGGGUCCCGUCUCGCCGCGGUCCACCUCCAGGCGGCACCGCCGGUCGCAUGGCGACGGCGCGGACGAGGCCUCCUCCCCGAAGCGCCAGAAGCGUUGCCAUCACCGCCAUCACCACCGCCACUACGGCCACGGCCACGGGGACAGGGGAGACCAGGAGGCGGGCUCGCGGUCACGGAUGUCGGGGGCGAAGCCGGGGGAGGGCGAGGUAGAGGAUGGUCAGAUAGUAGACGAUGCCGCCGCCGCCGCCUCCAGGGGACCAGAUGCCGACUUCGGCAAGGCGGGGUCGGUGUUCGGCGGUCUGGCACCUGCUCCGGGAUGUGAUGACAAAUUUGAUGCAAACAAGAAGUGUAGAGAGGCUAACCACAGAAAGAGAUCUGAGGAAAUCAAGGAACAAUCUUGCAAGGAGGAAGAUCAAAGUGAUUUCGAACACUUUGCAAAGCAAGAAGAAGAUGAUCUUAAAAAAACUAAGGAGGAAGCAAGAAAGAGGAUGGAUGCUAUUCUGGAGAAGCACCGGCAACGCCAGUUUCAGAAGGAACACCAGGGGCCUGUGCCUUUCCAUGAUAGUACAGAAGUAACAUCACUGGAUAGAGAUGCUGCUACCACUGAAGUAAAAGAUGCCAAUUCAGUCACUGUAAUUGUUAAUGAAAAAUCCUACACUCUGGGGAUGACUCCUCCUAUCCAGCCUAACAUUUCAAUAAACUUGGGGAUAUCUGGUGAUCAAUGGACGGCAUGUGUUUCAGGUUUUCAAGAGGGCAUUCCCAAGGGUGAUAGAUCUUCAGUUAUACUUUGCGAUGAUAUUUUUGGAGCAUCUCCUAUUAGAGUUCAGAAAUUGGGUAAUCUAGAUGGUAUGCAUGUCAGGAAAAAUUCACUUCACGACAACUGGGAUGAUGAGCAUGGAUAUUACAAGUACCACUUAGGUGAAGUGCUAGAUGGUCAUUACAGAAUUACAGCAGGCUCUGGGAAGGGAGUUUUCUCAACAGUUGUCCAGGCAAAGGAUCUAAAAGCCGGGAAAAAUGAUCCUGAAGAAGUAGCUAUCAAAAUUAUCUGCAAUGAAAAAGAAAGGUACAAAUCUGGUAAGAGGGAGGUUUCUGUACUGGAAAAAUUGUCAAGUGCAGAUCGUGAAGACAAACGACACUGUGUCCGGUUUAUUUCUAGUUUCAUGUAUCGGGAUCAUCUCUGUUUAGUUCUUGAAUCCCUUCAUAUGAAUCUUCGUGAGGUUAUAAAGAAAUUUGGUCGUGAUAUAGGGCUGAAGCUUACUGCUGUAAGGACGUACUCCAAACAGCUUUUCAUUGCAUUGAAGCACCUAAAGGAUUGCAGUAUCCUCCAUUGUGAUAUUAAACCAGAUAAUAUACUGGUAAAUGGGUCUAGAAACUUGUUGAAACUGUGUGAUUUUGGUAGUGCUUUGCCUGCCGGAAUAAAUGUUAUCACACCAGUUCUUGUGAGCCGCUUCUACCGGGCACCUGAGAUAAUUCUUGGAUUGCCGUACGACCAUUCAUUGGAUAUGUGGUCCGUUGGCUGUUGCCUAUAUGAACUUUACACAGGAAAAAUCUUAUUUCCUGGUGGGACGAACAAUGGCAUGCUUUGGCUUCACAUGGAAUUGAAGGGUCCAUUCCCUAAGAAGAUGCUUCGAAAGGGAGCCUUCACAACUCAACACUUUGACCAGGACCUUAAUUUCCAUGCCACUGAUGAGAAUCUGAUGAUGAAAAAGGCUGUGAAUAAACUGUGUAUGAACGUUAAACCAAAGGGUGUUGGCGCAAAAAUAUCAAGCUUCGCAGGCGAGGAUCCGAAAAUGUUGUCCAGUUUUAAAGAUCUCCUGGAGAAAAUAUUUGUGCUAGAUCCGCAAAAGAGGCUUACUGUGUCACAAGCACUUAGCCACCCAUUUAUUACUGGCAAGUGAAAUAAAGACGAUCAAUACCUCUCAGUUGUAAUAUUGUUGAAAGCUGUAGCUUCUCUGAACUAAAUUUUGGAUUUAACCUGUCUAACCAACUGGCGGCUAUGUAGCUUUAGGAUCAUAUAGUACAUACUGUUUUGAAUCAGAAUGAUCGAAUUGAUUGAUCGAU